UCAGUUCAUUUCCAUAGAAAAUGGAGCAGUCAGAGGAUCAGCUGAUAAUAGUUUUGCACGUACUGGAAGCUAUUAAUCUUCAUCGAGCGAAAAACACACCUAUUAUAAUAACUGCCUCGCUGGACAAAAAUACAUUGCAGACAGACAGCCGGUUGCCGGGUAUCGCUUCCACUAAUUUCGAUAGCAAUUUGAUAUGGGAAACUGACCGUCGUUCGGUUCGACGCAUGAAAACGGAAAAUCUGCCCAUCAAAUUGGAAUGUUAUUCAAUUGAACAGAGCGCAGAUCAACAACGUUCGCUAAUAGGACAUCUGGUGCUUCCGCUACGUUCUAUCCCGUUGCUUCCCUCCAUUAAGGCAGACACUAUAAAACCACGGUGGUACCGAUUGAUAGGCUUGGCCAGUCCCGAAUGGAAAAAUCAGAGACCCGAAGUGCAGUUGAUAGUUUUAAUUACGGAUAAGGGAUAUUUACUGCCGGAAAGUAAAAAGAUACCGAUAGAGGUAGAGCAAGAAACCGACCGUUGCCUUGUUAUUUUUGCCAAUCCUCAGACGUCUCGGUUGCAAUCACGUGAAGGUCUGCCAAUUCGCCUGCUAGAAGAACGUGGAUUGCUUCAAGUUGGCCACGAGGAACAAGAAUCGGAUAUCUUUUUGGUGAAGAUAGUGUUGAAGUACGCCAAACAACUGGCGGCGCUUCUUUCGGACGAGGAACGACAAGCGGAAAGUUUGUCUUCCAAUGGAAUUCAAAUGCGAUAUGACCUGUUAGGUGACAGUUACCCUUGUAACAUGGAGAGAAAACCGAAUGGAACCUUUCUGAUACAGGAAAAAAUUGUUCUUAACUUUAGAACAACGCUACACUCGUUGAAACGAUAUUUCGCAGAAAUUUUUACUCUUCGUUUGGAAAUUUUGUUAGCCAAACGAGUUAUUGGACGCUGUACUUUGCGAUUUGACGACAUUGUGGAGGACGAGCCGUUAACAACUUUUCUCUCCAAAUACGAACACACCUUCGGAACACAGGAAGUAGAAAAAUACCACCCAAUCGAACCUGCAUCUAUUAAAUAUCAGGAAGCUUCUGAAGGUCCGUCGGACCGCUCCUCCUUAGUAUGGCCAGCGAUAAAAUGCAAAUUCAGUUUAAAAUAUCUUUCAUCGGACAAAAAAAUCAUACAUAAAACAGACGGUAAAAUUCACUGUAUCUCGGAACCGGAAAAACAUAUUGACUUAGCACCAACGGAACCAUUCGGUAUUCAAGACGUUCCAGUGGUUCCUUCCAUUGACUUGAACCCGGUAGUUUCCUGCGCUGCCAUGUCAACUAAAAUUGACAUUCAAUCGAUACUACACUGCGAAGAUCGUGACCUCCGUGACAUUCCGCGUACGUGCGCUUAUCACCUGUUUGUACAAAGUGUCCGAUUUAAUGCACGACCCAGCGGUGGUCUCUGGCAAUUAUCACUAUACCACCCAAAAGCAGAUACUCCCCUUACCAAAGUGACGCUGGAGCUAAACACAAUCGAGUCGAACACGUUGGACUUUCCAAACCUUCAACUGCAGUUGUAUUUUUCCGCACUUCCCGAUCGAGUGCUUGAGCCGAUCACUUCCGAUUGUUCGAAACUAACGUUAAGCGGCCCCCACGGGUUGUUCUGUUUCGCUCGAGUGGACAAUCAAAGUUUAGUUAUUGGUAGUAAGGAAAAACGGGCUGGAGUGUUGAUUCUGGAGAGUACAAAUGGGGAAAACGUCGGUAUGGCUACCGUUUGUUGUCACUUGGACGAGGUGGGAAUAAAUUUCAACAGUCAUGAACCUGUAGCGGGGCCAGAAGUGGCCGCUAUGACAAAAGGAGAGAUGGACGAUCAGCUGUCGUAUAAAAUGCUCGAAGAGCAGAAACAAUGGAUAUUGGAGCAGCGGGAGCUGUUUUUGCUGGAGUUAAAAAGAAAAGAAACGGCUCAUCUUGCGAAAUUAACUAACGAAUGGAAGAAACGUCGCGCAAAAGACAGUUCUGAUUUAGCUAAACAGCUGGAGCACGUGGCCGCUUUGACUACUGCGCUGGAAGAAAGCCGUAAAAGUAUUGCUCUUCAGAGUGCUCAACGUAUCGAGCAGAAUAAAUCUACGGAAGAAAUAAAACUGAAACUGGAAGCAUCCUUCAACCAGCAGUUGGAAGAAAUUCGAGAAAAAACCAAACGAAUGGAGGCAGAUUUACAGCACCGGGAGCAACUUCGUGCACUGCGUUGUCAAGAGAUGGAGACCCGAAAUGAUACUCUGAUUCGAGAGAACGAGCAGCUGAAAGAAACGGAACAACAGCUCCUGCUCAAAGUGGGCACCUUAAGCUGUGAAGUCGAGUGUAGCGGAAAUCUUCGCCAGCAAGUUGCCUUGCUGGAGCAAAAGCUAACGGAAAUGGAAAAAUCAAAACUUUUCUACAAGCAACAGUGGGCCAAAAUGGUUAGAGAAAUGCACAAAAUGAAACAGCAAAACGGGGAGCAGCUCGAUGAAGUUCUGCGAGGGCGUGAACGCCGAAAAAAGGACCUUCACUGGGAACACACGGGUUGUUCGCAGCGCAAAGCUGACGCAGCUGAUGAAGACGCAGAAUUGAGCAAAAUUCACCGUAUGAUAUUUGACGAAAGGCAACGGCAGCAGCAAUAUGCACUUUGUUGUCGAACUGAUGAUUGUUGUUGAUUAUAUCGAUGAGAUUCGUGUUCGUACUACUGAA